GAGACAGCCAUGGAUAUGAGGACUGAAGGCCCGGUCAACUUCUCCUCUUUGCAAAAUGAGACAACUGCUUUCAGGAACUGUUCGGUUGAAGGCAUCUCAUUUGAGAAGUUCUAUAUCCCCAUAAUUUAUAGCCUUCUCUUUCUGGUGUGUUUCCCAGGGAACAUCAUUGUCAUUUUUGUAUAUGUCUUCAAAAUGAGGCCCUGGAAAAGCAGCACAAUCAUUAUGUUGAACUUGGCCAUCACGGACUUGCUGUACGUGUCUUGCCUUCCGUUCCUGAUACAUUACUCAAUCAAUGGAGACCACUGGGUCUUUGGAAGCUUCAUGUGCACCUUCAUCCGCUUCACCUUCUACUUCAACACCUACAGUAGCAUCCUCUUCCUGACUUGCUUCAGCCUUUUCCGUUUUUUCGUCAUCGUCUACCCCAUGAACUGCUUCUCCCUUCAGAAACGGAGAUGGGCCAUCACGGCCUGUGCUUCAGUCUGGAUUGUUUCUCUGCUCAUGGUUAGCCCAAUGAUCCACUUCAUUACCAUAGAAGAAAGAGAGAACAGAUCCAUUUGCUUGGACCUGACUAAUUCAGAAGACCUGGACUCUAUACGGUUGUUCAACUGGCUCCUAACGACUUUUGCUUUCUUUUUGCCUUUAGUGCUUGUGACUCUUUGCUAUGCAGUGAUUAUCUACACGCUGGCCAGAGGGCCUCACACUCACACUUCCUUCAAGCAAAAGGCUCGCACACUGGCCAUUGUCCUCCUGGCCGUCUUCUAUUUGUGCUUCUUGCCGUUUCACAUCUUCCGAGGCGUUCGUAUUGAGCUAAAGUUCUAUCCUGUCAGCUGCAAAAUAGAGAAGCAGAUCCGGGAUGUCUUUACUGUGACUAAGUCCUUAGCCUCGUUAAAUACCUUUGGUAACUUAAUAUUUUAUGUGGUGCUGGGUGAUAACUUUCAACACGCCAUUCUUUCUAUUUGUAAAAUGAACAUGAAAAUGGCUAAGAAAUAG